GUCACGUGAUGCAUGGGCGCCAUUUUGACUCCAACUGCACGUGUACGAGAUCCGUGUUACUGACUGUUUUUGGGUUUUUCUUUGACUAUCGAAGGUUGAGAGCAAUGCCCGCCUGCUGUGCGUGGGGUUGUUCCAACAGACAUGAGAAAGGGCAUACCAUGUACAGGUUUCCGCGCGAUCCUGCCAGAAGAAAAGUGUGGACAAGUCGAGUCAGCCGAAAGAAUUGGACUCCUACACUUUAUUCUUACUUGUGUGACGCUCAUUUUGAUAGCUCUCAAUUUGAGCAACACAGGAAAGAUGGAAAGAAGAAACUGAAAUGGAAUGCAGUACCAACAAUAUUUCCCCACCGGAAAGUUGGCUCCAAGAAUAGCAGAAAGUCUCGAAACAGCACAAAGGAAGAAGACUCUCUGAAUGCUGGUGCCCAAGUAACAACAGAUGUGCAAGAUCACAGCUAUGCUGCUGAUGCUAUGCAAGAAGACCAUCUGUCACCUGAUGAGGGUAAUGGUCUGUAUUGAGAUAUGUCAUCUUGUUUGAAAUGAUCGUGAAUGCAUGUUAGUUUGUGCAUGCUCGUUCUCAUCACUUAUUUCAUUGGCAUGCUGUACUCCUGCUAACAUAAUGAAUUUUUUAUUUGGUCUGUGGUCACACUCUUCAAGUCUUUGAAGAUUAGUGGAAGAGAAAACUGGAAGCCUGUGCAAGCAGGUGUCAUAAUGGCAACAACUUCUGUGCUGGACAUAAAAGAGGAGUUGCUUGGUAGUGGACAUAAGUUUCUGCUGACUUCACACCUCACUCAAGAUUGUCUUGAGAACCUUUUUAGUGUAGUAAGGCUAAACAAUCCUGUACCAUCACCUGUGGCUUUCAAAUGUGCACUAAAAAUCAUCAACAUUGCUCAGUUUAUGAAACCUGUAGGUGGGAAUUGUGGAAGCUAUCAAGAUGAUGACUGUGGGUUAUUGUGUCCAUAGUAUUAAGAAAAAUGAGGUAGUGUGUGAUGCUUGCCUUGAGUAUGUCUUAAAUUCAGCUCCAGAUCAUAGCAGUUUUGCAACACUAACUAGUUUGAGAGAAUUCAAGAAGGGCAGUCUUGAGCAUGUUACAGGUCGCACAUUUUGAUAUGAUGUUGAAAGUAGAGCUAAUGUUUUGAAGUAUAACAGAAGAUACUUUGAUGGCUACCAGAAAUGUGAAAAAGGUUUUGAUACGGAUGGCUGAAGAACUCACUGAUGACUGUGUCUAUCCCACAUGUCAUAAUAUUAAGAGGAAAAUGAUAGCUAGAUAUUUCAAUGUACGUCUGCACAUUUUCUGCAAGGGAGUACAAAGGAAAAGGAAACAUAACUUGGAAACAACCAAAUUAGGAGGAGAACUGGGGAGUCGAAGCAUGGUAAUGAGAAAACUGAUAACGAAUGUGAAGUAGGAAGGAUGUGAAUUGUGUAUACCAUGUAGUUAUGUAGAAUGGAAGACAUCACUCUACCUUUGUUUGAGAUAUUUGAUUAAUUGGUAAACAUUUUGUUGCUUUCAUUACACCCACUUGUAUGUUUCAGUGUCUUUUUUCAUCAUGCAUUCAAAACUAUGUCCAUACAUUUAUUCCUAGUCUAUAGGAAUGUAUAUCAGCAAGCACAUUUUGUACUUACAUAUACAUCAAUUAACGUAUUAAUUAAAUUACUAUACAUCUCCUCAGGGACAACAUUGUCAACAGGUAAUGAAAAUAUACAUGUCUUGUUUAUGUAGACAUAGAGGGUCAAUGGGCGGUUGGACCCUACUAUGUUUUUGUAUUACAGUUUUUAUGUAUCUAAUUUUGUAAUUUUCUGCUUUUAUUUUCUAAUUCUUAAUUUUAUUUUCAAAACAGUAAUUUGAAAGACCUAAUAUUUUUUAAUUUAAAAUUUUAACAUUUCAAUUUAAAAUUUAACUAAAUAUUUUAAAAAUUUAAUAUUAACGUUUGAGUUUUAAUUAAUUUUUACUUUUUAAAAUUGUUAUUUUGUUUUUCUCUUUUACUUUAAAGAGGUUAUUGUUGUUGUUGCUGUUGUGGUGGUUGCUGCUGUUGUUGUUGUUGUUCUUUUAGGUUGCUCAGUGACUCACGUAAAUUUAAAAUUUUAUGGGCAUAAAGAGUUUUUGUCAUUUAGAGCAACUAUUAAUUUUUUUGCAGUUUGUAUAGAUUUUUUGUAUACACACUAUUUCAAAUAUAUGUAUAGAGAGAGUAUGAUUACUGCUUAGAAUUUA